ACCAUUAUACCGGAAGUACUUGUGUUUUCGUGCACUAAACGAAGGAGCGUUAGUGUGGAUUUCUUCUCAUCGUUUUUGAAAGAAAGCAUGUCCAAUUGAUCUCCACGCCGACCUUUAUAUAACUGUUCAGAGAUGUCCAUGUCACACCUAUAUGGGCGGAGAGAUGAGGAGGAGGAGGGUGUUGAGGUUGAGAGCUUUGAGGUGACAGACUGGGACCUGGCCAACGAGUUCAACCCAGACCGCCACAGACACAGGCAGACCAAGGAACAGGCCACUUACGGCAUCUGGGCUGACAGGGAUUCAGACGAAGAUGAGAGGCCCAGCUUUGGUGGCAAGAGAUCUAAAGACUACAGUGUCCCAGUGAACUUUGUGAGUGCUGGUCUGCGAAAGACAGCAGCAGAGGAGAAACAGCUGAAAGGGGAAGGAGGGUCUGAUGACUCUGAUGAUGAUGGUCCUGCAGCUCCUCCACCUUCUCGUGCACCCAAAAAACUCCAAAUGGGUAAUUUCCGUGGGAAUCAGUCACAGAGGUUUGCAGGUGGCAUACAGUCUGGACAUGGCAUUGGCAGCUGGGAGAAACACACUAGGGGAAUUGGGCAGAAACUACUGCAGAAAAUGGGCUACCAACCAGGAAAAGGCCUGGGAAAGAAUGCUCAAGGUAUUGUAAACCCUAUUGAAGCAAAGGUUCGUAAGGGAAAGGGGGCAGUCGGAGCCUAUGGAAAUGAGCGAACCCAGCAGUCUCUCCAAGAUUUUCCUGUGGUGGACUCUGAUGAAGAGGAGGAAAAGGAGUUCCAGAAGGAGCUGGGCCAGUGGCGUAAGGAUCCUGCAGGGUCGGCAGGAAAGAAGAAACCGAAGUACUCCUACAGAACUGCAGAUGAGCUCAGAGCUAAAGGCAAAGUGGCGGGGCGGGCUACAGCGGCAUCUGCUGGGGAGCUGGCACAGGUCAAGGUGAUAGACAUGACUGGAAGAGAGCAGAAGGUGUACUACAGUUACAGUCAGAUAUCCAACAAGCACAGUGUUCCUGAUGAAGGUCCACCAAGCAUGUCUACUCGGGAUCAGAAGGGAUCAUGCUUUGCGCUCCCUGAGCUUGAACAUAACCUUCAGCUGUUGAUAGACCUUACAGAACAGGACAUAUUACAGUCUGCCAGACGUCUGCAGCAUGAAAAAGAUGUUGUUGUUUCUCUGAGCCACGAGUCAAGAGCCUUGCAGAACAGACUGGAUACGGAGCAAGAUGCCAUCCAGAGAAUGGAAGCUGUGCUGGCAUUAGUGGAGCGUUUUCCAUCUGGGGAGACACCACCAGGGGAGGGUCCUACUCUGCAGGAGUGUGCUCGCAUCUUUGAGACCUUGCAAACAGAUUAUUAUGAAGAAUACAAGAUGAUGGGUUUAGCAGACCUUGCUGUAGCUGUUGUUCAUCCGUUACUUAAAGAGAAACUUCAUUUCUGGGACCCCCUGAAGGACAGCUCUUACUGUCUGGAAGAUAUUGGUCAGUGGAGAGCAAUCCUUGAAUCUCGGGAUAUGCACUCCAGUGGCCCAGAUUCAAAUAUGGAUCCUUAUCACAGACUCUUAUGGGAAGUGUGGAUCCCAGUGAUGCGGACUUGCGUGUCAGGCUGGCAGCCUCGUAUGGUCGGGCCGAUGGUGGACUGUGUAGAAGUGUGGGCUCCUCUUUUGCCCCUGUGGAUACUGGAUCACCUGUUGGAGCAGCUGAUCUUACCCAGAUUACAGCGAGAGGUAGAUAACUGGAACCCUUUAACUGACACGGUGCCUAUCCACUCCUGGAUCCACCCUUGGCUGCCUCUGCUCCAGUCACGUCUAGAGCCUCUUUAUCCGCCAAUUAGGAGCAAACUGUCCAACGCCUUGCAGCGCUGGCAUCCCAGCGACGCCUCAGCUCGCCUCAUCCUACAGCCGUGGAAAGAUGUAUUCACACCAGGUGCAUGGGAGGCCUUCAUGGUGAAAAACAUCAUCCCUAAACUAGCUUUGUGUCUGGAAGAGCUGGUUAUCAACCCUCACCAGCAGCAGAUGGAGCCAUUUCACUGGGUCUUGGACUGGGAGGGCAUGCUGUCCCCCUCUAGCCUCGUGUCACUGCUUGACAAAAACUUUUUCACGAAAUGGUUACAGGUCCUGUGUUCAUGGCUGAGCAACAGUCCCAACUAUGAGGAAAUCACAAAGUGGUACCUCGGCUGGAAAAGCAUGUUUAGUGACGUCUUGUUGGCCCAGCCCCUCAUUAAAGAGAAAUUCAAUGAGGCUUUGGACAUCAUGAACCGUGCGGUCUCCUCAGGCAUAGGCGGUUAUAUGCAACCUGGAGCGAGGGAGAACAUUGCAUAUCUCACACAGACAGAGAGACGCAAGGACUUCCAGUAUGAAGCCAUGCAGGAGCGCAGGGACGCCGAGAGCGUGGCCCACAGAGGGAUCAGCGCCGGUGUGCCGACUAACUUUAAGGAUCUCAUCCAGGCCAAGGCAGAGGAGAACAACAUCGUUUUCAUGCCCUUAGUGGCUAAACGACAUGAGGGAAAACAGCUGUACACAUUUGGGCGUAUUGUUAUCUACAUAGAUCGAGGGGUGGUGUUUGUGCAAGGAGAGAAGACUUGGGUACCCACAUCUCUGCAGAGUCUGAUCGAUAUGGCAAAAUGAGCGUGGACUGACAUAUUUAGGUCUGACAACUAUAAGGAAAACAGGAAAUAUUUUUUGUUUUUAAGUAACUUCUCUAGCAUAUGUCUCUUUCUCUAAGAGGUCAGAAUUGUGAAUAAAUAACUUUUGAAUGCAUGCUGACUUUCUUUAUUGCUCAAAAAUGAAUUUUAAAUACUGUACUUGUACAGUGAAAAGUACAUAUGUUUUCACAUAUUGCACAUUUUUAUACAAAAGCUGCUUAACGGUUACGGUGUUUAUAAUGUCCUCUUGAUACACAUACAAAAACAGUACUUAUCUUCAAUGUUUCUAUUGUAACAUCAACAGUUAAGUAAUUGGAGUACAUUUUUGGUGUUGUUCAUUUUUCUUUUUGUCUGUGACAGCGUAUUGGUCUGUGUGGAGGUGACCAUUUAUACCCACAGGUUAAUUGGCUUUACGAGAGGCAAAAGACCUACAAGUCUCACAAGAAAAGUGUCUCCUAAAAGAAAUCCCUGCUGAACCUUAACAGACUGAAAAGCAGCUGAGCUGAUCAUAGUUUUCAACAUUUAAUGGUUUUAAUAGAAAAAAGGAAUGACUUGAAAAAUAAGACUUGUACAAAAAUAGCUUUAGCUUUUAUUUAUGUGCAUAAGAACAAACAAACUUGCAGCAUAUUCGUCCAUGAUAUGAUUGUUAGCAAACCCUUAACUUGCAGUUUUAAGGUUAAGCUUUUAGAGUAGCUUUAAGCAUUAUUCAACAGAUUGAAACCCUAUUUGUGAACAUUAACAAUGCGAUACAAACGAUAACAGGAAGGUGGCGCUGCAGUUGCUGCUGCUUCCUCCUGUUUGAGGUGUUUUGGUACAUCAGGGCUUCCGUUGGAAGUGGGCGCUUUGCGGUGUGAGCUGCCAGUUAGUUCAUUUGUUCGUGAUUAACGGUUUUGCACAAAGAAGCUACUCAUGUCGUCGGACGCCCUGAAAAAACGAAAGUCCAAGGUUCUCCGCAACGAAGGAGGAACCCCGGAGAUGAAGCGGGGUCGAGCUGAUGCGGACCAACAGGAUGUGCGUGUGUAUCAUGAGGAGGUGGAGCUUGAUGGCAGGGACCCUCAGCAGGACUACAUCCAAUACAAAGAAACAUGUCAGAGUCUGGCUAAUCUCAUGAGUGAGAUCCAAGAGCUUAAGGCCAACGGAGCUAAGGACGGGUGUGCAGAGGUUGAGAAGAAACGUAUACAGAGCUGCAUCCACUUCAUGAAUCUGAAAAAGCUCAAUCGACUUGCUCAUAUGCGUCUAAAGAAAGGCAGAGACCAGACACACGAGG